AUGUCUCUGGUGGAUUACGAGUCCUCUUCCUCCGACGAGGAGAACGAGGACGGCGAAGCCGCUGGACGCCUCUCGGAAGAGACACCGCCGCCGCAGCCGCCGCCAGCGGAGGGCACUGCUGUGGCGAAGCCCCUGCCGAGGGCCGGACCUCCACGACCUACGGCGGCCCCGCAGGAGCCACCGCCGCCGGGACCCGAUCUCCCAAAGAGGCGAGUGCCCCUAUCGUGUUGUCUGAGCGCCAGUCAUGCAUCGAGGCCCUCGUAUGGUUCAGUGCCGUUACCGAUCGGUACCCUUGAAAGAUAUGGAGGGUUUGGUUGGAAUAAUGCUUUAAUUUGUAAUUCUAGCUCUAAAUUUGUUCCAAAUGGGGUAGAUUUUAAUGCCGCGCUAGGUAACGAAAUGGGGGAGACUUUACGUGGAAGGAAUUCAGAACCAGGAAGAGACGAAGAUUUUUGGCUACUUCGGGGGAGCCAAGCCUCCUCAAGUUUAUAGAGAGAGCAUUAAACUUCCCCUUCUUCUUUCUUCCUCCACCCCGUUUCAUGUGCAGUUCUUCCAGAAUACGUCAACUGGACAUCCACAUACUCCAGCUCUGCAUGACUCCAGAAGGACUCUCAACAUGCGAAAAUUUGAAUUAAUUUUAGCUGGCACUGCACCGUAAUUUCUUUGCUUAGGCUUUAAUAUUCCCAAUACUUGUGCAGCGUAUGAUAGGAUCCGUGCAUGUUUGAUCCUGAACUGACUCAUUGAAGCUAUGUGCAUUAUUCUCCUCAUCCUCAGAAACCCCCUUUCCCAGUGAGUGCUUGUAAUUUUGCAUUGUCAGCCUCAUUAUUCCUAGCUUGGUUCUUCUUCUAGAUAAUUCGAUCCAUUAUUCACGUGUUAUAAAGUGGCUUCAGUUCAAGCUUCAAUAUCCCAUGAUCAGCAACGAGUGCUGUCGAGGUCAAACUUUGUCUGAAAAGUUCAUGUGGAAUGAAGCAGCCCUCUGUGGCUAUUGAUUGUUAAAAUGUUCUAUAUGAUAAGCCAGCGUGCUUGGUCAGUUGUAACUUGGGUAGUCAAAAUGGUUGGCAUUAGGUUGGAUAGUAACCCAUGAAGAUCAUCUAUGUUAGGGCUCUUGUUCAAGUGGCUUUCCAAAGAAUUCUGUUUCGGUAUUUACAAUGGCAGAGGUUGUCCGCAUUAGUACUAGGGCUGUUGAGCUAUUGCAUGACUUCAUCGUAGAGGUGGUGAUUUUCCAGAAAUAGCUGAGGUGGGUUCUGUUUGGUCAUUGCAGAACAGCCGACUCUUGUAGCAAAUUGAAAUGCAGCAGAUAAGGAAAACGAGAACAAUUUGAGGACGGCGGACCUCAGAGUGGGAGUGGAAAAUUUUAGCAACGUAGAUGGAGCCAAGCAUUGCAAUACAGUCGGAUUUUUUGUUUAAAAUGAUGGAAAUUGUGGAUUAAAACGUUUGAUCCUACAUUUUGUAAAAAAGUCAAUGAAUUCUAAUGAUUUCAGCUACCAUGGGUGAUGUAUUUAAAAUUUCCACCUCAGUAUCAGAGCAGUGACCAUUUUUGUAAUGAAGAGUUCAACUUUCUCUUUUUUAGUUUAUUCUAACUAUAUACCUCAUGGCCAUGAAUAACUGGGGAUUUAUCAACUGUGCCAAUUAGUUUUAUUCAAGAUUUUUUGUCAUCUUUAAAUAGAUGUCUUUGUCUAUGUGUGUGUUAAAUGGCAAAAGACAUCGAAAUGUUUCUUAUUAUUAUUGUUGGCAUGGAUGUAUGGAUUAUUAUUAUUUUUACCAAUAUUUGUAAAGUGGAUGAAUCUUCCUUGUCUACGCUCAAUAAAAAUUCGUCUAAACCAUGAAGGUGCUUCCUGAAGUAAGAAAAAAAAGAAAAAAAGAAGCUCUAGAAUGAUUCAAACAAGCGUACACAACAUGAGACCAAAUAUUCCUUCACAGAUGAUUGCUUGCGAUGAAGGAUUCAAGAGAAUUUCCAUUGCAAACUUCCUAGCAAAUAAGUUCACGGUUCUUGAAAUGGUAAGACUACUUUAAUGCCAAAUCAUGCCCCUCUUUCAAAAAUAGAACGGAUCCCUACCACCCCCCACCCCCCGGCACACAGAGUCACACACCCACACGAGGGAAAGAUGGCUGGGAGCAUCAUGUGUGUGUGCAAAUUUCAUUGGAAUUUCUUUUGCAGCACAUUUUUGGUGUGAAUAGCUGCUGUUAUGUUUUCCUUUUUUCAAUCCCCUUCAUUACUGCAACUCAAUAGUCGUCAUAGAAGAAACAAGUUAGAAUGUCAAAGCCCGUCUUAUAAGUGCUUAUUGUUCCUUCUUUUCUAAUUGCAUGAAAUAGUAUAUGGCUUGUUCCCGCUCUCAUCUUUUUCUUCCUCUUUUUCCUUAACAAUCUUGCAGAAGUCCUGUAUCCUCAACAUAUGUACAAUCAGGAAUUACUUCCGACGUUCCAUCUGCAUCCGUUGCACUCCCAGAUGCCUCACUCCUGUUUUCGUCCCCUUCUUUCUUCAACAAUCAAGCUAAUGUCAGUGAUCACUCCUCAAGAGUUGCUGCUGCUAUGGCAGAAAAUGCAUUGCGGAAGAGGGCCUCGAAUGGGUCUGUUCCUCAUCGUCAGCAGAUUAAGCAUCACAAAGGGGUCUCUUCAGUCCCAAAUGUAACCUCAGAUGCAAAGGGAGUCGAACUAGUUCCUCCUCAACUUCGUGGAAGGUAAUAUGAUCAUUUGUUUUUAAUUUGUAUACAUUUUUUAAGAAGAUACCUGCAAAAGCAAGAUCUCAUUUAGCUGAUAAAAUUAAUCUAUUUCUCUGUACUUUCGAGCUGGGCAGUGCUUUAUCUUCCAUGGUGAAACAGGAUUUUUGAGUGUAAAAUAAUCAUUCCAUUAGUAGUGACAAAAUGCUUGCUAUUUAUACCACAUUGCAUGACUCGGUUAGAAACAGGCUUGCUUCCGUGAUCUGACCAGGUUUUUAAAUAAUCAAGCCUUGACCCACAUUGAUAUGACUGCCUUUAAAUGAGGAACUGGAAUCUGCAACAUUAUUUAGUGGAGGAUCAUGAUUGGCGAUUACAUGAGAUUAACAUAUGAUUAAGUGGAUUGAAUAGUGUAAUUAUCUGAUCUUCAGAUCUCAUCGAUUCCAUUUACAAAAGUAUGAUCUGCAUGGUUCCCCCCUACAUCUUUCCUACUGGAUUGACCCAAUUGCUUCCAUCUUGUCAGAUAUUAUUGCCAUUUAUAAAAGUAUGAUCUGCAUGGUUCCCGCCCUACAUCUUGCCUUCUGGAUUGACUCAAUUGCUUCCAUCUUGUCAGACAUUAUUGACAUUUAUGAAAGUAUGAUCUACGUGGUUCCGCCGUGAUGGAUCUUUUCCCCCUCUACAUCUUUCCUUCAGGAUUGACCCAAUUUCUUCCAUCUUGUCAGACAUCUUAUUGACUCUGAAGUCCGUCUAUGUUCUUAAGAAAUUAGUAAAAACAGCAGUGGAUUAAAUUUCUCUGUUGUCCUUUUUCAGUUUCCUCAAGAGGGAACGUGACAAUUUUCCAUUCACUGUCCAUUAAAUUUGCUUGGAUCCUCUCACGCAGAAAUAGCAAUCCUUGUUCUGCUUUCUUAUCUGGUCAACUACACUGGUCAGUAUGGGAUAUUUCUUGGCCAUCAUGUGCUUUUCUUGGAAUAUUGCAGGAGCAAUGUGGUAACUGAAGACAUUGGCAAGCUUUUUGUCCACAAGCGCUCUUGA